AUGGGAUCAUAUCUAGGGUUACCGGAGAGCCUGAGAGGGUCCAAGACAAAGGUUUUCUCUUUUGUUCGGGAUCGUCUUCAGGGACGAACGACGGGUUGGUCGGCGAAACUUCUCUCCAAAGGGGGAAAAGAGUUGAUGAUCAAGUCCGUCGCCACGGCGGUUCCGACUUUUGUAAUGUCGUGCUUCCGGUUACCGAAAACAAUGACGUCAAAACUCACGAGUGCAGUGGCGAAUUUUUGGUGGAGUACUUCAGGACAGUCUGGGGGAGGGAUGCACUGGAAUGUUGAUGCUUUGAAUUCGGCAUUGUUGGCAAAGCAACUGUGGCGGCUGAUUGAGGCUCCGGAUACACUGUUUGCUCGGGUUUUCAAGGGCAGGUACUAUCGCAAUUCCAAUCCUAUGGAACCGAUACGCUCUUAUUCUCCAUCUUAUGGGUGGAGAAGCAUUACUUCCGUUAGAUCUUUGGUUAAUAAAAGGCUUAUUAUACGGGUCGGUUCGGGGGAGUCCAUUUCGAUAUGGACGGAUCCCUGGGUGCCGUCUCAAUCCCCAAGACCAGCGUUCAGCAAGGGUCCUCUUAAGGAUCCUUCUCUUAAAAUCUCUCAUUUAAUUGAUUGUCACACAAAUACUUGGCGUACGGAUAGGCUCAAGGAGUUUUUUGCCCCGGAAGAUGUUGAUCUGAUAGGGGCUAUCCCUUUAGGAAGUCGUCGCCUAGAUGAUUCCAUGGGUUGGCAUUACACAAAAUCAGGAAUGUAUACAGUUAAAUCUGGGUACGAUACGGAACGUUUUGCUGUAUCACAGCUUAUGAUGGUCUCUCGAGCAGGUCCAGAGAUAACUCCUCUGUUGGCCGGCGUCUGGGGUGUUUCCUGUCCACCGAAAAUUAAACAUUUUAUGUGGCAGGUCUUGACAGGUUGUAUUUCGGUUUCGGCAAAUCUGCGGCGUCGCGGUAUUGCGUGUGAUACAGCGUGUGUACGGUGUGGGGCUGAGGAGGAAACAAUUAAUCAUGCUAUUUUCCGGUGCCCACCGGCUCGAUAG